AUGGGGGGCCCAGUGUCAGUGAGGGGCUGCACCCGCCUCAGACCACGGCCUCGCCGAUGGCCUUCUGGAUGGACUGAAUGCGGGAGCGGAUGGACAGGUCGAUGUGCUUGUCCUCAAAGUCCACCAUCAGGCCGCCCAGGAUGGCGGGGUCCACCUUCUGGCUCACGGUCAGGGACUGGCCGGGCUUCAGCAGGUCCUUCAGAGACUCGGUAA